AUGACAGGAGUUGGAAGAGCCAUCAAGUCAAGGAAGUUAUCUCCGAUGUUUCUUGGACCAUUUCAGAUUAUCAAAAGGAUAGGACCGGUAGCAUAUGAAAUUGCACUACCUCCUCAAUUGGAAAAUUUACACAAUGUGUUUCACGUUUCUCAGUUGAGGAAGUAUGUGUCAAACCCUGAUCAUGUGCUCGAAUUGGAUGAUGUUCAAAUCAGAGAAGACUUGUCAUUGGAUGUUCAGUCGAAGCAGUUGAGAGGGAAGGAUAUUCGUACAGUGAAAGUGUUGUGGAAUGAGAAGACUGAAGAAAUGACUUGGGAAUUGGAAGAAGAAAUGAAAAAUCUUCAUCCUCAUCUUUUUGGUUAA